AUGCCUAUAGUUUCUGUUGCAUCCAAGAAUACGCAAAAUAGAAGGAAUAAAACAAAUGAGUCAAGCGUUUUUCAAGGACUAUUACCGAUAAAAUUAUAUAAAAAUUUAAAGAGAAGAUUCAAACUUUCCGAAAAAAAUAAUGAUGAAUUUCCUCCGAUUCAAACAUUAACGGAAAGUCUUCAAAAAUUUGAUUAUUCGGAUUCGGAUGUAUUCUCAUUAAACACAAAAAUCAUUCAACUCACAAACGAGCUUCUCCACAAAAUCGGAAGUGAUAUCUACAGCGAUUUCUUCGUUGAUCCAAAAGAAUCGGCAAGUCAUUCUUUCGAGGCUGGAAAUAAUCCAGAAUGGGUUGGUUUCGGAGAUAUGUCAAUGUCACCAUACGAUACUGCUUGGGUAGCGAUGGUACCAGUACCUUUAUAUAAAGAAUCCAAACAAUCAAAAGAUUUCAAGCUUGCUUUCCCUGAAUGCUUUAAGUGGAUAUUAGACGCUCAAGAUGAGAAUGGCAGUUGGGCGCGUACCGGGGCUGGUAGCAUUCCUGCUGGUCUUUCGGCUUUAUGUGCUUUGAACAUGUUUAAAAAUCGUGCUGGUUCGUAUUUCGAAGAAAGAUUGAAAGAAUUAGGUUUUACUUUGAAAAAAUUUGAUGAUGUAUUUAAAAAUGGUGUCAAUUUUAUGCGAAACACCUUAAACGAAUGGGAUAUUAAUGACGUUGAUAUGACAGGGUUCGAACUCACGGUCCCAUUCCUUUUGUCACAAUUGGAGAAACUUCGUCCUUCAAUUACUUUUGAUUUCCCAGAUAAGGAGCGUCUCCUAAGGGAGAACAAACGGAAAAUGAGCUUAAUCCCUAUCGAAGUAGUCUUCAAACUAGCUGCUAUACGUCAACCUGUCAUACUUACUCAUUCAAUUGAAGCAUUUAUUGGAGUGAUUGAUUUUUCUCGCGUUCAAAACCCUGGAUUCCAAGCGAUUAAUGGAAGCUAUGGUUCGUCAGCGGCAGCAACAGCUGCAGUGUUAAUUGAAGCCCCUAAAUGGGAUGAAAAAGCAUACGAGUUCUUACGAAGAACUAUUUUACGGUGCCCAGAAUAUGCACAAGUAUCCGGAUACGUACCAACGGCAAGCGACAUUGGAUUGUUUGAGCUAUGCUGGGUACUACAUUGUAUAGGAGAAUUGUUGUUAAAUAUCAAUCGCGAGAGAGAUGCAAAUUUAGGAGAUUCACUCUCGAAACUGUCAACGAAUAUGCAUUGCUUCGUUGAAUACAUGAAAGAGUUGCUUGUAGACCAAAAAGGCACAAUGCGAUGGGCCAGUUGGGAUAAUCAUGUUCCAGCAGAUGUGGAUGAUACGGCGGUAGCAAAUUAUCUUCUCACACAAUUCGAUCCAAAUUACCCAAUUGAUUUUAAUCUCAAAGCCGUUCUUGAUACAUUUUGGAACGGAAAAUAUUUUCUAAGUUUUCCUCAUGAACGCACAUCUUCGGUCAGUUGCAACGUUCAUGCUAUUACCUUCGUAAUGGGUGCACGUGAUAACGCGAAGAAACAAUCGAAUUAUCCGUUGAUUGUCGAAGCAAAAAAUGCCAAAGAUUCAGUCGUAAAAAUGAACAUUGAUGAAAUUAUCAUCUCCACAAUUAACUUUAUCCUAUCGAAACGAAAUGAAUAUCAUGUUUGGUCUGACAAAUGGAAUCUGAGUCCAUGGUAUACCACCAUGAAAUCGAUUCAACUUUUACUCAGUCUACAAAAAUAUCCAGAAAUUUUGCAAGCAACCGAUGUUAAAACAAGCAGCAAUCUUCUUGAGUAUUGUCGCAAAUCAAUAGACUUUCUAUUAGCAAAACAGCAUUCCGAUGGAAGUUGGGGUCUAGCAUCAGAUAAUGCUAUUGGUAAUAUGGAAGAGACAAGCUACGCGUUGAGAUUAUUAUGUGCCGCAGCUAAAAAUUGGCAGGAUGAUGACCAAAUUAAAGAUGCGAUCGAAAAAGGUCGCGCCUCUUUAUUGAAACAUUUUGAUGAAGCUAUGUCCAAUGAGGCACACUUUUAUAGAAAGGAACCAUAUUUGUGGAUCACUAAACAAAUUUAUACUGUGCCUAGGAUAGUUAAAGCCUCAAUAUUAUUAGCACUUUGGGAGGUUUCAAAUUUGAAUUAA